AUGGUCGCCGAGGGGGGCAACAAACACGUAACGUCGGUGCGCUGCAGCUUCUACGCCUUUUUCGGCCGAACUCAAGUCAAGGCUGGUCACGAGCACGCAGGCAAAAAGCGCCAGCGGCUCUCGAAACGACACCACGUACUGGACGUCAUUCGCGCCGCAGAACUACCGCAGUCACCACGAAACGCACACCUUGACUUCGCAUCUGACUUGAUAAUGUUCGGUGUAUCGGCGUUCAUCGUUGACGUCAUUAUCGCCGACCUGCUCUUUUGGCCCAACGAGAUGCUCGCCGACUUUUCCGACGACGGAGACGAGGACAAUAGCUGCGCGGUUGCUACGAUUGCCAUAAAGGCUGCCGCCAAGGCCAAGCUGUUCGUCAAGGACAAGUCGAACGUGGCAUCCGCGAUGCAGUACACCAAGGAGCGCUGCGACCUGUCCAAGCUGGGCAGCAUACAAAUUCCUAUAGUCGGCCUGUACUUAUGCGCUGUCAUCGCAUUUGCCCUGCAGCGCAUUGCCGAUCUGUGCUUCGACGAGUCGGUCUAUGCGCUGUCACUUGACGGUGACGGCAUUACCCAAUGCGUCCAGCACUUCUUCGACCGGCUUUUGCGCGUGUUCUACCGCGGCGUUAUGCCAAACCUUCACCUCGUGGCCGUCCUCCAAUUUGGACGCCACAUGCCGCUCAACCAUUUCAAAAUACUACUGAAGUUCCUGGACGCGCUGUACGGCAUCUGGCGCCGCAAGCCGAUCAACGUCGGCACAGAAGGCGAAGCGGCUAUGGUCAGGCGACUCAACGGCCUGGUGGCGCGCAUGUCCUGCGAGGCCGAGCACCACAUCCUGCGCAUCUGGUGCCCGCCGCACCAGAUAGACGUUGUCGUCAAGGACGGCGCCAAAAUGGUUUACGACGGGGAGUGGUCAAACCAGACGUGGUCGCUGCCGGUCUGUCUGCGCUCGAAGGCAAAUAUGAUCACGAGCAUGAACGCCGAAUGCUCCAAGAAGACGAAUUCGUGGGUUAGCCUCGGCGUGCUGCUUGAAUUUAUAAGGCAGUACCGCCGCAUAAUCAUUAAGCGCGUGACGGCCAAUGCCAGCUACAAGCUGCCGUCGGCUCAAUAA